AGCUCCUUUGCACAGCAAAAUCCGGUCUUGUUUUGAUCAGCUUGGACGCAAGUCUGAAAAUGUUCUGGACGCAGCCCGUUCUUCUCACCUGUCUCGUCGUAGCAUUCACCAUCACCUUAUUCGAAGGGACCGACAGUGCCGCUGUGUCAGAUAAAAAGGAUGUGAAGGCAUCCGACCCUCAAGGUGCACUGCGGAAGAUCUUCAUGCCAGAGGCGGACGCCUCCAACUUCUUCAAACGGCGAAGCAGGAGGGCUACGAAAAGCCAGGAUGAGAUAAACGCUGAACAGAGGCAAAGACUGGCAGCAGAUCUGAGGAUGAGACAAUUUCACGAGGAGCAGAGGAAUACGUUUGAAAACUACGCCGAAGAGGAAAAUGACGAGCAAGAUGAGCGGACCAGCGAGAGCACAGAGCAGUGGAGAGAGUUUCAUUAUGAUGGUCUCGACCCUUCUUAUGAAUACAACAGACACACAGUCUGAAACCUAAUUAACAAAGCAAGAAAACGGGUGAAGCGCUAGAACAGUACACUUUACAGUACAUUUCUGAGUGUUUUUUGGUAAAAAUGAAAGACCUAUAUAGGGCUAACAAUAAAACAGUUUUAUGCAUUUAAUUCAUGCAGCUCAUGCAUGAUAUUUCUUUAAAAAGAUGUAUUUAUUCCAUUAUCCUAGACUAAUUAUAUAAUACUUCCAGUCUUACAUUAUAUAUAAUAUUUUAGUAUGUGUUUU